AUGAGGAAUUCUAGAUACCUCCCCAUCGCCGGCUGCGUCGCCGCCAUCCUUGAGUGGAUCAAAAGUGCCAUAGGCGAGGCCCUUCAAUCGCCAUGGCUGUCUGAUCCAGCCAUUCAAGCUCCAAUUCCAGACCCCGGAGAAGUUGUAGAGCGGCCAUCCUCGCCAACAGUAGCAUUGUCCCCCUCUCCCAAUGAGCAGCAUGAUUUUGAUAUUUUUCUGAGCUUCAGAGGAGUUGACACCCGAAAUGGAUUCACUGGCCAUCUCUACCAGGCUCUCUGCAGACGGGGCUUGAAAACCUUCAUAGACAGUGAAGAUUUGCACAGAGGUGAAACGAUCGAGGAGCUGUUUCCUUACAUCGAGAGGUCGAAGGUGUUUGUGCCAAUCAUUUCCAAGGGCUAUGGGGACUCAAAAUGGUGCCUAAAAGAGAUCGCCAAGAUAGUCGAGUGCGCGGGCAGGAGGCUGAUUCUUCCCAUCUUCUUUGGCGUUGAGCCUUCCCACAUUCGUCACCAGAGUGGGCCUUUUGAGCGUGCUUUCAAAUCAUAUGACAAGAUGGACAAAGCAGAAGUGAAAAAGUGGAGGGACGCCUUGACUAAAGUAGCAGGACUUUCCGGCUACAGCCUCAAGAACGAUGCAAAUGGGCAUGAAGCAACACUGGUCGCCAUAGUUGCCGACCACCUUCACCGGCAUCUAGACAGUGGUCUUCUAGAUGUGGCGGACCAUCCGGUUGGACUGGACACUCGCGUGGAGGACGUUAUGAAGCUGCUGCAAAUUGGAGGAGAUGGUGUUAAGAAGAAGGUUGGGAUUGUGGGUACGGGCGGCAUUGGGAAAACAACCAUUGCCAAGGCUGUUUUCAACAAACUACGUUUAGAUUUUGGGUCAUCCACCUUUCUGGCAAAUGUUAGAGAAUCUUGGAAGGCCCCCGCCUCACAGACACAACUGUUGAGGCAAUACGCUGAAGAGAUCCCAAAGAAUAAAGUUACACCAAUAUACAACAGUGAUGUUGGCCGGCGUCUGGUUAAAGAAAGAGUUCCAUCCAGGAGAGUUUUAAUAGUAUUGGACGAUGCUGACGAUCCUGCCAAUCAAUUCCAUGAGCUAGCUGCUAAGGAUCUCCCUUUCCCAUCGGGCAGUCGGAUAAUUAUAACAACAAGAGAUGAAAGAGUUCUAUUAGGGUACGGGGUCGAGAAGGAAGACAUGUAUAGACCAAGCCUGUUGGAUGCUGAUCAAUCUUCCUCUCUCUUCAAGAGAUAUGCUUUUCAGAACAAUCCUCAACCACAGGACAUAUCUUCGAAUAUAUUAGAAGAGAUUGUUGCAUGUGCUGGUGGGUUGCCUUUGGCCCUUAAAGUUUUUGGAUCUAACCUCCGUGGUAUUAGCGAUUUGGUUGAAUGGCAAGAUUAUUUGAAAAAGCUCCAAAGUACCACGAACCAAGAAAUCCAGAAAAGCUUGCAAAUAAGUUAUGAUGGAUUGUCGUGGGAAGCCAAACAGAUAUUUUUGGACAUAGCAUGCUUCUAUGUCGGCCAUUUUCGAUAUGAAGCCACUUUGCUGUGGGAAAACUUAAGUUGGCAACCAAAAUCCGCAAUUAAGGAGCUCCAAAGAAAGAGCCUCAUUAGUGGUGGUGAUGAACAGUUUGAGAUGCACGACCUUUUAAGGGACAUGGCAAGAGACAUAGUUCGGCAAGUUGAGCGUAACAAACCUUGGAAGUGGAGCAGGCUAUGGAAAUGUGAAGACAUAAUGAGCAUUUUGACAAAAAAUACCGGAAGAAACAAGCACAUAGAAAGCAUUUGCCUUUAUGGCACUGGCGAACAAUGUUUAAGAACUGAAGCCUUUGGAGAGAUGACAUUCCUGAAACUUCUUCGAGUAAGUGACGUGAACUUCGAAGGCGAAAACUUCUUUCUUCCGAAGGACCUCAAAAUUUUAUUCUUGAGAGUCAGCAAAUUCAAAUCGCUUUCAAGCUGCAAUUUUGAGAACCUCAUCACCCUUGAAUUAGAUGUAGCAGACGGUGUGAGUGAGCUUCUUGUAAAGGAAAGCGCAUCAAAGCUCUUUAAUGCAUUGAAAGUCCUCAAGAUUUCUUGUCAUAGAAUAAAAGCGACGCCCGAUUUCUCCAAUAUGCCAAACUUGGAGACGUUGGUGUUCUUGUACUGUGCUUCACUAUCUGAAGUUCAUGAAUCCAUUGGAAAUUUGACAAAAUUAAAGUACCUGAAGUUUCUUCAAUUUCUGAACGUUGAGAAGUUGCCCGAUGCCAUUUGUCAAUUAACUUCACUUCAAACUCUUUGCAUAAAACAAUUCCCAAGACUUGAAUCUCUACCAGAGCGGUUGGGGAACUUGGAAUCGUUGAAUACGCUUGAGCUUGACGACUUGGCAAUCACAAGUAUACCUUCUUCAAUAGGACAGCUAACCAAGCUCAGUGAGAUGUAUCUAAGGAAGUUGGAUAGGCUGCACAGUCUGCCUGAUUCAAUUAGUAGUUUGAAUUCCUUACAAGUGUUCAAUGUUGAAGGCACUGACUUAAAAGGAAUGAAGAUAAACGGUGGGGACCUCAUGGACAUUGAUCGAUUAGAGAUCUCAUCAUGCAGCUGGCUUAGUGUUUUACCGUCUUCUUCGUUGAAGAAAGCAAGAGUUCUCUGUAUCACUGAUAGCAGAAUUAAAGAGUUGCCCGAAUCCAUUGAGGCAAUGGAAAAGAUUGAGGAAUUGUCAUUGAGAUGCAAGAAUCUUAUGACUCUACCAGAUUGGCUUCCAUAUCGAAAGAACCUCAAGACCUUUGAAGCGGAUUGUGAAUCUAUCACACCGAUCAUCAAUAAGAUCUUCUCAUUGAGGAGCAUAGAGUCACUGUCACUAUGCUGUGCCGACGAAGAGCUACCUGCGACCAUGGCUGAAACCUCUAUUGAAAACCUAAAGUCCUUUACUUUGAGAUGCAAGAACCUCAGAGCUUUGCCUGAGUGGAUCGGAUCACUUGAGAACCUCGAAUUUUUAAAGUUUGAGGCUUGUGAGAGCAUCACAGAGCUGCCAUUGUGCAUACGCAACCUUUCUCGACUUGAAGAGCUUUCAUUAAACGGUUGCAAGAGGAUCCGAUUGGUUCCUUUGCUCCCUUCUUCCUUGCAAAUACUUGAUGCAUCUAACUGCAGUGACUUAGAGAAGACACUGGAUAUUUCAAACUUGAAAUCUUUGAAGAAGUUACGCCUCGGUGGUUGUCGGCUGCUUGAAGAUGUACAAGGCAUUGAGAAUGUUGCUCAAAGCAUAGAAGAGUUAGUCUUGCCAGGACCCUACGGUUCCAUCGGUUGCAGCUCCCUCAGUGAUGAUUUCAAAGAGCAAGUUUUCAAGGAACUUGCAUUCGAACGUUUGGGUCGAUUCGAGAUAUGGGGAAGUCUGUCCCCUGGGUCUGUUACUGGCCAUCAGCAGCUGUCUUUCAUGUUUCCAAAUGAAGCAAACGUUCCCAAACCCGAGCUAAUGAUGAAGAGACUAGUGUUAAAUAAGGUCCAAUCACCCAUUCAUAUACAACUCCUGGAAGACGAUCACCGUGUCGUCUUUGAGUCCACACUCGAAGUUCAACGUCCUAUAGUCAAGAACUUCUUCCGUCCCAUUUGGAUCCCUUUACCGAGAGUUUGGAAUUUUCAGAUAUGUUACCGAGGCCGAAUUUUAUUUGAUGGGAUGGGGUUUAUCGAAGUCCCCUGUCACGAGAGGUGUGCGAUGUCGUCUAUUGAUGCUCUUAUGAGGCCAGAAGCGGUCGAGGUUGAAGAGGUGGCAGAGGAAGAUGGCCACGAAGACGGCGGAGGUAGUGACAAUGAAACUGAGGCUGAAGAGGAAGCAGACAGGGAGCCUAAAGUAUUCAUCAAUAUUCAACAGGAGGUGGCGGAAGAUGGCCGCGAAAAUAGUGGCGGUCGUGAUGGUACUGAAACUGAGGCUGACAAGGUCGAAGUGCAGAGGGAGUGUGAGGUACUAAACGAAGUUGAAGAGGAGGUGGCAGAAGAUGACCGCGAAGAAGGCGGAGAUCAUGAAAAAGAAACUGAGGCAGAGGAAAUAGAGAGGGAGACUGAAGUACUCAACGAAGUUGAAGAGGUGGCAGAAGAUGGCCGUGAAAAUGGCGGAGGUCGUGACGGGAUGAUUGAAGAUGAGCACCAUGGGGGUGGGAAUGAGAUCAGAGCUUAUGGCCCAAAAAUCAUACAGGUCUUCCAGCCUAACCGCGUCCCACACUUUCCGGCUAGCUGCCCACGCUUCAUUCAUUGGAGGCAUGAACGCUCCGCCGUAUGGAGCGAUUACGAAGUCAAUUUUGGAAAGGAAGACGAAAUACAAGCGCGUUUAAGGACUGGCAGUCGUGCAACAAUUCUGGUAUCAGCGGACGCCUCAAACCUGACCACGGUUGGCAUGACCUUUUCUUUUACUGGCGAGGAAUGAAAAAGAUACAGCUAGGAGUUGAAGCCAUGAUCAUGCAGAAGAGGAAAAUCAUGAGGAGACGUCGUUGAAGUAGUCAAAUUUGUUGGAAAUCAGAUUCAGUUUAGAUUUA